AUGGAUUCUAUCAUACCGAGAACACUGAUAAUCGUGUUAAGUGUGGAAUUCAUAAUUGGAAAUUUAGGAAAUGGAUUCAUAGCCCUGGUGAACUGCAUGGACUGGGUCAAGAGAAGAAAAAUCUCUUCAGUUGACCAAAUCCUUACUGCUUUGGCACUCUCCAGAAUUGGCGUGCUCUGGUCAAUAAUCAUAGCUCUAGUGAUAUCUUUUCAGAAUUCACAUUUGUUGUUGAUUGGAAAAAUCAUAAAAAUACUUACUCUUACCUGGAUGGUGUCCAACCAUUUCAGCAUCUGGCUUGCUACAAGUCUCAGCAUGUUUUAUUUUCUCAAGAUAGGUAAUUUUUCUAACUCUGCUUUUCUUUAUCUAAAGUGGAGAGUUAAAAAGGCGGUGUCAGUGAUCCUGCUGGUAUCUCUGGUCCUCUUGUUUUUAAAUAUUGUACUGAUAAACAGACAAAUGGAUGACUGGUUUGGUGUACAUAAAGGAAACCUGUCUUACAGUUCCCAUUUGAAGAAGUUUAAACAAUUUUAUAGGAUUAGUGUAAUCGUCAACACUGUUUUCCUUUCCGCGCCCUUCGCUGUGUCCCUGGUGACUUUUCUCCUGCUAAUCUUCUCUCUGUGGAAACAUCUGAAGAGGAUGCAGCACAAUGCCAGAGGGCCCAGGGAUGCCAGCACCACGGCCCACGUGAAAGCCUUGCAAACUGUGAUCGCCUUCCUGCUACUGUAUGCCGUUUUCUUUCUGUCUCUUGUUGUGCAAUUUUGGAUCUCUGAGUUUCUGGAAAAAAGUCUGAUGGUUUUGUUUUGUUUGGCUGCUGGAAUGAUUUUCCCUUCAGGCCAUGCAUUUGUUCUGAUUCUGGGAAACAGUAAGCUGAAACAGGCCUCUCUGUCAGUGCUGGGGCGACUGAAGUGCAGGUUCAAAGAUGUGAACACUGAAAAUUCCUAA